AUGUCCGUUAAGCGUGUGGGUACUCACAACGGAAGCUUCCACUGCGACGAAGCCCUCGGCUGCUUCAUGAUCCGCCUCACCAACAACUUCUCCCAAGCUCACAUCGUUCUUGAAACUCUGGACGCUGUGCUGGAUGUGGGUGGGGUUUACGACCCCGCCAAACACCGCUAUGAUCAUCACCAGAAGGCUUUUGAAGAGAUUUUUGGUCAUGGCUUUAAUACUAAGCUCAGUAGUGCUGGUCUUGUUUACAAGCAUUUUGGGAAAGAGAUAAUUGCUAAGGAGCUUCAAGUUGAUGAAGACCAUCCCGACGUUCAGCGGUUGUUUCUUGCAGUUUACAAGAACUUCAUGGAGUGGAAACUUCACUUAUUUGAGCUUGAGGAGGAGAUGAAGAUUAAUCCUCCUAUUAAAUAUGGGCUUUAUCAGGAUGACCGAAGUAAAAGUUGGCGAGUCCAGGCAGUGGCAAUGGCACCCGAUAGAUUUGAGAGCCGCAAGGCACUUCCUGCUCCAUGGCGUGGGCUGAGAGAUGACGAACUGUCUAGGGAGUCAGGGAUUCCUGGGGGCGUUUUUGUCCACAUGAGCGGUUUCAUUGGCGGAAGUCAGACCUAUGAGGGUGCACUUGCGAUGGCGAAAGCAGCUUUGAAGCUCUAAUCGUGAGAAGCAGCAAAAUGUAAUCCGGUUUUACCGUUAUCGCAUCGUUCUCCUUUAGGGCAUACUGGUCUUUAUUUCUUGAUGAUACAUUUCAUUUUUAAGAGGCUGGACAGUUAUAGGGGAAGAGAAGGCAUUUAAUCUUGAGAGACUCUUAGAUUAUUCAUGUGAUGCCAUAUUGCUGAACCUUUAUAGUCUAUAUUCUCCAAAAUUUUUAUUAAUGUUAGAAUUUUGUAUUUCG